AUGUCGUAUAAUCAGUACGGCGGCCCACCUGGGCACGAUCAGGGCCACUAUGGAGGAGGGGCCCCGGGAUACGGAGGCCAGCAUGGCAACUAUCCCCCUCCGCAGCAAUACGGUGGACAACCACAGCAAGGAUACUAUCCACCUCAGCAACAGCAGCCCUAUGGCCAGCCACCGCACGAUCCGUACUCUGCCGGGCCUCCCCCGUAUCAACAAGGACACCAGCAGUAUCCUCCACAGGGACCAUAUGGACAACCCCAACAUGGGCAACACUCUGGACCCUAUGGGCAAGACCCUAAUAUGAAUUACGCGCACGACCGCGGACAUUCGCCGUACCCUCCCCAGCAGCAUCAGUAUAACCAGCCCCAUGGCGGCGAGAACUCCUCUUAUUAUGGUGGCCACCAAGGAGGAUAUGCGCCGCAGCAGGGACACGGUCCAGUGCCGGCAGGUGCUGAAGGAGAAAGAGGUCUAGGAUCGACGCUGCUCGGCGGCACCGCUGGAGGUUUCCUUGGCCACAAGAUGGCCGGCGGGGCCCUGGGAACUGUCGGGGGUGCCGUUGUAGGGGCAGUGGGAGCUAAUGCAGCCAACAAGAUGUAG